AUGGUGCUGACCACAGUCGCAGCACCCUUCGAAGGCGGCCUCUGGAAGAUCCACGUCGAGCUGCCCGAUCAAUAUCCAUACAAGAGCCCGAGCAUAGGUUUCGUGAACCGCAUCUUCCACCCCAACAUCGAUGAGCUCUCCGGCAGCGUCUGCCUCGACGUCAUCAACCAGACCUGGUCGCCCAUGUACGACAUGAUCAACAUCUUCGAAGUCUUCCUGCCCCAACUCCUGCGCUACCCCAACCCUACCGACCCGCUCAACGGCGAGGCAGCCGCGUUGAUGAUGCGAGAACCCAAGGGAUAUGAGGCGAAGGUCAAGGAAUACGUAACCAAAUACGCGACGCGCGAACAAAUCGACGACGCGGGCAACGACACGGACGACAGCGACGAGAUGAGCAGCGUCGGCAGCUUCGACGAUGACGAGGACGACGACGAGCCGGCGGGUACCAUGGACGAGGUGUAG